UAAAAGUAAUGAUGUAAUCAGACAAUAAUAGUAAUUACAAUAAUGGAUGGUGUGAAACAAAAACAUCAACACCAGCUGGAAAGAACGUUUUUUUUGUUUCGAUUUGUUGUUGUUGUCGUUGUUGUUGUUGUUGUUGUCCCCUUGAGGGACUUUGACAGACUGUGAUUCAGACGGCUUGCACUCCAGUUCCCGUAAAGUGCAAGCAGGGUUCAACACCGAAAAGGCCACAGUUAGGAAAAUUUUUCCAUUACAUCCAAAAAAUAUAUUUAGCUCAAUUUUGAUAAAGAUAUAUAAUUUGAACAGGGUCUGGUGCUGUGAAACCAAGUGUUAAUGCAUUUUUUCUGUUACUGUUAAUUUUUCUUUCUUGGGAAGCGAGAAAACGUGACAAUUUCGGAAACCCUUUGAAAGCACUGGACGUGACAGAAUGACUGGUCACGUGAAAGUGAAAGAAAGCGAGUCAUAUUUCCUUUUGCAAAUGUCGACACUCGCGGGGUGAAGUGAGUGGGCCUUUGCUGUUUUUCAGCCAUUUUUCAGCGUUUCACAGCGAAAAAUGGCCAUUUUUUUCAACAAGGAUGUCUGUGAACUUCUUGAAAACAGGAAAGUCAUCAUUAUCGGUGAUUCUAUCCAGCGUUCUGUUUACAAAGAUCUCGUUUGCCUCUGGACUCAGGAAGACAGCCGCUAUUUAUAUCAAAGAGAACUGCGCGCGAAGGGCGAACUGACCUUUCUCGGCGACAAAUUGCUCAGUGGGGGAAAGCUUGAAGGAAAAAUGGUAAAUGGCGUCGGCUACAGAGAGGUCCGAGAAUUCUCAGACGGCAGAGCUUUCUUCAAGUAUUACUUUGUAACUCGGUCGUACGGUGAACACAUGGCGUCCAUUCUCAAUGAGUUGAAAACAUGUCAGCCAGACGUAAUAGUCAUGAAUUCGACCUUUUGGGAUCUACACCACUAUGGCGACAAUGACUUGCAGCAGUAUAAAGAGAACUUAGACAGGCUACUCAAGGACAUCACGGACAAGUUUUCCUCAAGUUUGCUGUUCAUUUGGAACGCUGCCUUGCCCCUCGCCGAGAGAUGUAAGGGAGGUUUUCUUCGGAAGGGAUUUCUUACAAUCCCGGUCGAAAAGAUUAAAACAGCGAAUAAAUUCGCCUGGCUAGCCACCACUGGACAGAGGAAAAUCUACUUAGAUCUAUUUACCGAGCUGAAAAACAAGGAAAAUUUCAAACAGGCGGAGGACGGCAUCCACUGGGGAAUGCGUGCUCAUCGAAAGAUCUCGAACCUAAUUUUGACGGAGUUGUGUACGUCAUGGAACAGGAAACUGCCUGAUCCUCCCCAGAUGCCAAACCAAGCUAGCUAUUACCCGGACAAUGGCGAUGACGAUUACUGGAAUUCAGCCCCUCCAGCGUCGUAUGACGAUGGUGAUGAGAUGGAAUACAUGAAUUACGUUCCAUACUGGAGUCCCUUCUAUGAUAGAUAUCAAACCCCAUCACCUGUCCUCUAUGAAGCCCCUAGUCCUUACGCCAGUAGCUUGGGUAGUUUAGGUUUGAGUUACAGCAUGCCAUUUGUUUCGCAAAGGGCAAGGGAAUAUCAACCCAUUCCUGCACCCAUCCCUUAUCCAUUUCAGAGGAGAUAUCCGCCAAUUCAAGAGAUGCAGUUCAAUUUCGGCACACCUCCGGCUCAGUACUAUCAAGGGCAAUAUUUGUUUAAACCCGCAUUUUACUCUGAACCCCUUCCUUCCAGGACGUAUAGUCCUCAUGUCACCAACCAAUUCAGAUCGCUUCCAUUCAAAAGCCCGGGCUUGCUGCCAACUCCCCUGGGCCGCCCAUCUUUUGCCUUUUUCAAUGAAGGCAGCUCCAGUUACAGAGAUCGCUUUAAGAAGCUAAGUAACCCGAGUGUAAAGUGGCGCAGAUAUAAGGCAAGUGCUACCACUAGUGUGGCUACUCCCUUGAACACGGCUCAAAAUUCUAGACCAAGUCAGACACCCCAAAAUUCGCUCAUUAAUGGAGCUGAUUCUGCUCCCACUGUUAAUAGUUCUGAGUUGUCAGAUCUUAACAACAAUGAGGAGCAAAAGAAUUCUCUUGUAGAAUCAUGUUCUAAAGCAAAUAGUGAUAAUGCAGUUGUAGAAACGGGGGUACUUCCUGAACAAAUCAAACCUAAGUCUCCCACCAAUUCGACCACUCCAGUAGGGAGCAGUGAUUCUGUGCCAGCUGUGAAUGAAGAAGAUCCAAGUGAUGGAAAUGAUGGUGCAAAGACAUGUGGAAUUAAAAGGAAACAUGAAGAUGAUGAGAGUGCAAAUACAGAGGAAUCAAAUCCUUGUAAGAUUGCUCGUGAAGAAAGCACCAUCUCUGAUGCAAGCAUAAGUGGAGUGAAAAGAAAGCUUGAAGAUUCUGAGCCUGUGAAAGAACCAAGUGUUCUUAAAGAUGUACAGGAAAAUGGUUUCACAUCUGAUGAUGCAGAAAGAAGUGGACUGAAGAGAAAACGUGCAGAUACUGAUGAUGCACUGGAAGAACCGAAGCCCUCCAAGAUUCAGCAGGCUGAACAGUUCUCACCAGGUGAUUCAACGAACAAUCGUGGAGAAAACCAGUUUGCUGUGGAGUCCAAUGUACUUGGAGUCACUGAAGAGAAAGGUACUGCUCAUGACAUUGUCAGAUGUUCUUUGACAUAUGACAGUUUUAUCUAAACACGGUUGAUACAAUCUUCCUUUUUUGAGACAGUAUACUCUUCAGGGCUUGAUUAGAAGGUACUGAAAAAGGAUGUUUUAUUUUUGUAAGACCUUAUUGCAUUUAAUUGCUAGAUUGUUGUAUAUUAGCUAUGGGAAGUAGAUGACGAAAACAGCCUUUAUCCCCAUUGUACAUGUUGUAAACUUGAGGGAUUCAGAUAAAUUCUGUUUUCGUGUAGAAGUGUUACUGUUAUAUUGAAAUGAUUCAAAGGUAUUACAAAAAGUAUAUGUUUUCUUGUUGGAAUCAGUCACAUUUCCCAUUGAAGUGAAAUUGAAGACUUUUGAAAAACGUUUAAUAAGGUAAAUUUGAUAUUUAAAGUAAUAUGUUAUGUUUCCCAUUUAUUUAGCAUAGUGAUAUUGUAUUUUUAUCACGUAGUUCUCAGGUUGCAUAAGUUAGAUUAUUUUAUGUGAAAUUAUUUUGGAACUGAACAACUUGCAUUGUUGGGCAUUAGUGCAUGCUGCAACUUCCUAACAGAUUCAGUUAUCACCUGCUUGUGGUCCUAAUUUGUUUGCCACUGGGUACUGCGUGUACAUGCCACUGUAUUUAACAUUACAACUGUAUCAUAAAUAGCUCAUCUUUCUAUUAAUAGAAGAUUCAACAUGCUGACUUUUUGCGUUUAGAAUAUGAAAGCAAGCUAAGAAACAUCUGUAGCUUGAGAGUAGUCCUAAAAAAAAUCAUUUUGACCUCGUGAUUUAACAUUAUUGAAAAUGAUUUGCUGAAACCCAGAGCUAGCUUUAUAUGAUAGGCUUUUACCACUGGUAUGCCUUAUGCAGGGAUGCAACAAAGUAAAACAAAACUAGGCUGGCUUUUUAGGCUUUUGUCCAAGUCUUGUAUUUGUAUUGAAAGUGAAAUUUCACCACAAAAUUCAAAAUUUCAGCCAGCUUUCAGUUAGCCAGUGAAAUUAACAGGCAGCAUCCUUAGCUACAUCUCUGAUUUACACCAUGAAACAAAACUGAUCUAAGAUACUGUUAUAAGUACGAAUUUUCAAAAACUGCAGUCAGUGAUUAUUUUGGUAAAGAAUAUAUUAGGUAAACAAGAAAAGGGAUCUAGUUUAUUUAAUUUUGUACAGUACUUAUCAUAUGCAGUUUGCAAUGUUUAUGUAAAUGCUCACAAAUUAAUCAUAAAUCAAUCAGAAAUUAUUUUUUAUUAAGUUAACAAAGAGCUGAUUAAGUACAUGUAGUUGGUGACAUAUUUGGUAACUGGUCAUGUCAGGUAGACUUUCUAGUUGAAAUGGUCAUUCUGAAUCCAUGUAGUCAAUUUGCUUUUUUGAUAGCCAACAGUUGAUGCAUGGGCUGUUAGCUCUAAAAUUGUGAAGUAAAAUAUGUUUUUCUAUAAAAAUAUUUCUAGUCAUUGCUAUGUCAAAACAAGGCUUCUGUGCAGUGGAUGCCCUCAUUACAGCCUUUGUUAAGUAGGUACUUGUUUGGUCAUAGGAAAAUGCUUAGACAUUUUCUUAAUCAAAGGACCCCUUUAAUACGACCAACCCCUGUUUUAUGACCUCAAUUUUAUGGCCCACUUGUGGCAUUAUUAUAGGAUUCCACAGUACUUUCCUUAUUUUUUUUUUUUAAUUUUGUGAAGGCAUGUGUGCUAUAUCAUGAAGUAAUCCUCCCAGAUACUGUUACUUGAACUUGUAGUUGCCAGUUUGUUAAGCAGUAAACCAGACCUGGUCCUGGAGAUAACAACGAGAUGGUUCACUAGCAGGGUGCGAGGGUAAUAAGCAAUUUCUCUGCUUCCAUCUGUCAAGUUACAGUGUGACUACUCUAACCAAGCCCACCCUACAAGAUUUUCUUCAAAUUUAACGAAUAAAACUCACGAAGGUUAACAAUAGUUUUCCAACAAAUUAUCCAUGUAAUCAAGCUGUACAUUACAAAGGCAACACAUUUGUGGUCAUUUUGGAUAAUUUAUUGGAAAACUUAAGUUAACCUCCAAGAUUCUUGUUUAUUAAAUUUGUGGAAAGUUUUGUUGGGUGGCCUUGGUUGGAGUAGCUACACUGUAUUUUUUUUUUUUUUUAUAACGUGACACAAAGUUUCAUUAUAUCAGCGGUAGACUUUUCUCUUGUACUGUUGGUUAUAAUGUAAUUUAUUUGUAAACCUGGGUCGGGUUGUUCAAAUCCAGUUUAAGCUAACCCAGGAUGUUUCAGCGAAGUUUUCUGUUUAUAUUGUUUGUACUCUAGUUUCAAGUUUGAAUUAUCUCAAACAAUGCAAAACAUAAGAAGUGAAAAGCAUUUUUAUACUGAAAAAAUUAAUAGUUUGCUUUGAAAUUUUUGAACCUGGGUUAAGUUUAACAGGCUUUCAAAUCACUCGGCUCUGUAAAUUAAUUCUCCAACACUUGAAAUAAGCCAUAUUUUUUAUUAUUAUUAUUUUGUCAGGCCUGAUAUGUACAAUAGUCAUUCAACUGAUAAGUUAGCUGAAGAAACUAGGGCUUGGUGCAUACAAGUAAGGAGUGCAUAGAAGAAAGACCUGUUGACUGUAUGGCCAAGCAUGGGAUUCACUGUCGGUAAAUUUGGAUUCAACCAGUUGAAGAUUCUGAGGGUUAUACUGAUUUUGAGGGUGAUAUCGACCGAUAGACCCAGUCGUCUUCAUACAACACACGGCAUAGGGCAAGGUUGGGGAGCACAGGGUGAUGGGAAUUGGGAAGCUUUCUCCCAACCCAUCUCCCUCUGUGCUCCGACCUCACUCUGUGUCACACGCUGUAUGAAGUUGUAUGAAAACUAGUCAGCUGACACCCUGAGUUACUAUGACGAGUGAUCAAAUUCAUCAACAAAGAACACAUUUGUUUUAGGAUGACUAUCGUUUUUCUGUACCUGUGUGGACCAAUAUGUGAGACCAUUUUCAGAAAAUUUGCUGCCAUCAGCCUUCUUAUCUUGAAGCUUCCUUGAAGUUACUGAGGGAUUUCUUGUCUUUCUUCCAUGCACAUACCAGCCCUUCAAUAUUUUUUAUUAAAAUAACUUUAAUUUGUUCACUCCCUGCAUUUUGGUUUAUAAUGGUUAUAAUUGUAGGCUUUGGACUGCAAUCCUUUUAGAGUUCCUUCUAAAAAUGAGACUCUGUGCCCUUGUUUUCAAUGACUGAUUGGUGACUUGGCCAUUUCUUGUUGACAAUUCACUCGGAAAACUUGGGUUCAUAGUCUAAUUGUUAAAUAGCAAAUAUUGAAAAAGUGAGGAAAGACAUCCACACUGUCUCUACGCAGACUUGUUUAAAAUGUUAACAUGGUUCUGCGGAUGGUUUUUCAAAAUGGCAAAUCUUUACUUUUUGACACCAUGUACUAUCCAUUUCAUUGUCUAUCUAUUGUAUAAUUGCUUUCUGAAUGUAACAUUGAGAAGUUUAGACUGUACCAGUAUAAUUAGUCACUAAAUAUUAGAGAAGUAUUUUAACUUUAUUUACAUUUUUCUAUUUACAAUAAAGGAUGUUACUGUUCUGUUAUGCAGGGAAA